AUUACCGAAUGAAAGUCGAGGGUCUGGACAUCAAAAGGAAACCAUUAUUCUAUCAAAGCCUCUCCCUGUUCUCCUUAAAAUGUUUAUUAAAUGGUGUCCUUCAGAACAGGUCCCAGCUAUUGAGGGAUCACCUAACAGGUACUAUCACCCUCGGACAGGUCUCCGCCCUUUCAUGGAUCUUCCUUAACGUACAGACCACGCCCACAGACUCAGAGAGUUCUUCGAAAUUUUUAUCGGUCUCCGAAUUCUCUUGUAUCGUACCUCAGCUCUUGCACUCUCUUGUUGAUUCAGAGGCUAUUAGUUUUGAGCAUCAUGGGCCGCUAUUAAGGGACCUUGGUCUAUUGCCUGGCUGCUGGCCGUUGUUCAUUAUACCAUCAUCUCUGUCUUUACUAGCCAGUGUACUGGUUAUUAGAGCAGCGAGGAAUAACGAUGAUCCACUCUGUGUUAAUAUAUGGAGAGGGUUUUUGUCUACACUUGAAGAAAAUGCAUCAAAUGAAAAUGACCAUGAAGAAGAUCUACCUGUUACUCAUCUCCAGUUAUUGUUGUUGGUGUGGGGUAGUUUCUCUGAUAGUGUUAGGAAGGAGUUACUACUCAAGUGUGUAGCAGCUGUCAAUAAAGUGGCCGAAGAGAAAGAGUCAGGAUAUGUUGUCCCUCCAUUGCCAUGCUGUCGUUUGUUGCUGGUAUUACAGUACAUGGUGUUCAGGUUUAAUGAACCAGUUCAACAACUAGUGCAACAGGUUGAUUGUAAUCUAUUAUCUGAUUUAUUGGUCAGUCCGCUAAUCAGUGAUCAUGCUGAUAUCAUGUCAUUCCCGUGUGAUCAAGAGUAUCAGUAUCAGCGAAGUAUCAAUAAACCACCAGUACCUCUCCUCACUCCAGUGGCUGCUGCCACACCUACUGGUACCACACCCACUGUUGAUAAUAAUAAGAAGAAAAAGAAUGAAACAGUCCAUCCAUUAUUCUACAAUGUGAUACCUCCUGAUGGUUCCAGUGACUCCAAGGAGGAGAGAGGGGUUGAUCCUGAUGCUUGUAAGAUACUGUUGAACUCUCCUAAGAAGACAGAAGAGGGUAAAGAAGGCAUGGGUGGAGGGUACGAUCGGUUCCACAAGUCCCUCAUAUCAUUGAUGUCCUGUGGAUUGGACUAUCGGCUUUAUAAUGAAAACCUCAACUGUAGGGUCACCUCUGCGUGUGCUGGUUACCAGUGCAUUGAUAUAUUGCUACAAAUGUUAGUGUGUCUCCCUCCACCUUACUCUGUACUGACUGCUAUACUCAAUGAUAGCAAUCAACUAUUGGACUGUAAGACUGAGUCUGGAUCCUCAUUGCUUAUCUUAGUUCUUCUCUUUUCAAUGAAGUUAAAGUUUCAACAAUCAGACACUGAAGACAUCAUAGAUACUCUCAAUGAGUCAGGAUAUCCCUCAGAUAAAUCUGAAGAGUUGGUCGGUCGAUUGAUGUCAGUGGUUGAUUCAACUGAUCACUUUAUAACACUAGCAACCAGUGUACUGGACAAGUUAUGUGAAGGUGAUUUUUCUGCUACUUCUCUUCCUCUGAUAUCCAUAAUGUCACUCAAUCUGUUACUCUGCUUGUUACAAAGAACAAUAAAGGAGAGAACUACACUACCAGAACAAGAAGAAGAAGAAGAUAUAGAGAUUGAAGUUGAGGAGGAAGAGGAGGAGGAGGAAGAGGGAGAGGGAGGAGAAGGAGAAGGAGAAGACAAAAAGGAAGACACUACUCCUAGUCCUGAGGAAACACUCAAAAAAUCAUUUUACGAUUCUCACGCUGAAACUCUCAUUCCUGUGCUACUCAAAGUUUCAAAGCUAAUCCUCUCUGUCUCUCAUCAUGGCAUAUGUAUUGAUAUAUUUAAUCCUGAUCAGAAUCACGCUAAAGACAUGAUUGAUGUUAUAAAGAGCAUACUCGGUCUCUCAGGAACCAAGCUAUUGGUGUUUGGAUCAAACGGAAAGCUCCCUCAUACCAAGGACCUGUUUGUGAGACACAUUCCGGUACCAAUGUCUGAGCGUUUGAAAAUAUGGAACUCGGCGAUGAUAAUGGAGCGAUCCUUGUGUAACAGAGUAGGAGACAAAGUUGAUAUUAUUGAGGAGAUGUUCGGGUUCUUGCACUCGUCUCUGAGAGCUAUAAGUGGUCGUAGUACCUUCUCACCUAACAAUUCUUUAAAAUCUAAUUUGUUCAUAGUAUCUGGACUCCUACAUAAUUUGUUCUCUCUCUCGCCUGCCGAUAGUUCUUCAAAGUUUUCCGAGAGUAUUGUUCCUCUUGCUAUGGAUCUGUUGCUGGAGUUUGCUGUUGAAGGGGAUAAGGGCGUGUCUGGGGGCGGAGUCUCUGAGGCUCCUCUGAGAGAGAUGGCAAAACUGUUUGAUGAGAAAUCUUUUGCCUUGAAAUGCAUGAAGCAAAAAGUAAUUAAUUGUUUCCAGUUGGUUCAGUGUCCUCCAUUGGGUGGCCAUACAUUCCAAGGAUCUCUGCUUGAGGAUUUAUUUAUUUUAUUGAACAAUUUACUCGACUCCUCCCCCUACUGGCCUAUACUGGCAGAACUGGACACCAUCUCUCCACCAACAAUAGACAUUACUGAUCUUCUCUCCUUAUGUUCCUUGAGCUCACUGUGUACCUCUUCACUGACUGAAGGCUUGAAAUUAUUUUUAAAAAUAUUGGAACUGACUAACAAGGAGCCCCAUGAUCAUCUCAGUGUCCUCUGUGGACAAAUUGCUAGACUCUCUAUGGUACCACAGGACCAGCUGGUGUCCCUCCUACAGCGUAUUGUUCUUGGUUGUGUUAGUGACAGUGUCACUGACUCACUGGCCCACACUAACCUUCUCUAUCGCAUCAUUGAACUACUCACUAAAGAGGACUGCUGUAUUUCCUCUCAUCUCUCUCAAGUCCUCUUAAUCAAUUUGAUUCCAAUUGGUAAGGACCUCAUUAAGACACUCCAUCACUUGGAAGGAAAGCAGUACACGAUAUUCAAGGAUUACUUUCAAUCUUGUGUCCUCCUGGCUGGGAACAGAUCACAGAAAGGACAUCUUGAACUAGUUAGAGCUGCCUCUGACUGGCUACCAUUAUGUUUUGAUUUGGUUAAGAACAACAGUACUGAAUGGAAGAAUAAUAAUGAAAUAUUGUUGCCAUUGUACACAGUACUCAACUAUGUGUCCAGCCUGUCCUCAGCAGCACAACUACUCACUAACAAGGAGGCAUGUACCGAGAGAAGAGCUCUAGCUGCCGAAGAUGAUUACACAAUACUGAUCGAAGAGGAAGAGGAUGACUCUGCCUUACUUGAUGAAGAAGAAAACGAAUGCUCCGAAGAGGAGGGUCUCAAUGAGAAGCUGUGUACGUUCACAGAGACUAAGAGAGACUUCAAGAACCAGCACUGGUAUCACUGCCACACCUGCAAACUAACUGAUGGGACUGGCUGCUGUAGCAUCUGUGUUAAAGUCUGCCAUAAGGGUCAUGAUGUCACCUACUCAAAGCUUGGCUCAUUUUUCUGUGACUGUGGAGCCAAAGAAGACGGGAGCUGUAAAGCUCUGGUGAAAAGAAGACGCAAGUCAGAGGACAAUGACUCGUCAUUUGGAGAACCCACCGGCCACUCCAUAGCACCCAAACACACCGGGGGAAGACACAAGAGGAAGAAGAAGGGAACAAAAUCAAGUACAAAGAAGGCCUCAAUAGGUGGUGUGACACUGAUUGAUACUAAGAAACCAACUGAUGUUAAGAGACAGAGUCCUGGACACUCUUACUUCCCUACUUCAUUUGUUAAUAAACUUGUCAAUCAAGUGGAAACUUAUAAAGAACAGCUUCAUGAAUAUUUCGUGAAUUGGUCUGUGCCCAGUUGCUGUCUUGAUCUAUUGUCUCUAUUGCUCCCUCCAGUCCUCACUACUGCCUCCUCUCUAUCAAUGGGAAGUUCCUCUGUGGUUGAGGCUGCCAUUAAUGAGCUCCACACUAGCAGUAAAAGGAUAGAGCAUGUCGAUAAUAUACUGUUUAACGUUGUGUCCUGUCAAGAGAAUGCACUGGACAAUAUAAAGCUAACAAUGUCCGGGGAACAAGGUCAACUCCUGAAGCAGUUACUGAACAAUGGAGGAGGUACAGGGACUGGAGGAGGUAUUAGGGUCAUUAGACGCUGUGCUCUUGCUACUCUUGUGUCACCACGUCACAAUCACCUUGUCAUCAGUCAGGACAAGGGAAAGGUUACUUUUCUACAAUUGACUUCUUUACUGAAACAAGCUGACACUGGGAGAAGAAAACUAACUGUAUCAGUGAGUUCAGUAAUCAUACAUAUGUACAUAAUGUUUGAGCUGAUCCUGAUCAAAAUAGAGCAAGAAGGAUUUCCCAUCCUUAGCAAGUAG